AUGGCGACUGUCGUCGUCCAGCAACAUCAAGUCCCUUUAAGACAAAGUCCGACACCUCCACCAUUGGGUGCUGCCCUCACUCUGAAUAUCCCUCGAACUUCUACCCCGGUGCCGAACAAACACAUACCUUACUGUCCUGCUGGUUCAGCUCCUCCGUCCUCCCAGACGAUCACUCCACCGAAUUCUCCCCAAGCAAAGUCGUCCACUGCCCAACCUCGUUCGGUGCUGCACCCUGCAACCUCCCAUACCAAGCUUCUCAAUACCCCUCCAGUCUUCGGCAUCAGCGCCAAAACCCUGUCCUUGGCUCUAGAACAAAUCUCUACCACUCCUCUACCAGACCCCCAUCAGGUAUUUCCAUGGCUUCAUGGGUUGCAUGCGGAAAAUCAGAUACAGCUUGCAUUCUUCGUUGCCAAGAAGAAAUGGCUACGAAGAACACCAAAAUGUCUUCGAGCAAUCACAAUUGUGAAAGCAGGGGGAGACUUAAGCGUGUCACGCCUGAAAGGAUCUGUUGCUCCAGACGAGAUUUUAUCUUUAUGUGAUAACAAUGAUAAGGGUUUCUUGGAAUGUGAUCCGCGAGAAGGCUUUUCGGUUCGUAACUUUCACAUCCAGGCGGCGAAGAUUGCCAGAGUGUCCGACAUUAUCGUCUAUGGGGACCAGACCACAGAUCAGAGAAUCAUCAAAUCUGUGGCGGAAAGGGCGUCCAUUGUUCAACGGAGAUGGAGGAAGGAGCUUGAGUCUAGUGGUCAAUGCUUGGAGCAUUUUAACACGUUCGUCCUGACUACGCCUUUUGAAGAAGUGGAACGUGAGCAUCCGGAGCUUAUCGCAGUUGACUCUGCUGGCAAGCCGACUGCUCAGUCAAUGGACUUCCUGCAAUGGGAACGAGACGAGAUGUGCGAGAUGUCCAAAGCUUCCGAGUUCACUCAAGGCGUUUACCAAGGACCAACACCGGACUGGAACUCAGUAGCCGAGAACCACUCGGGAAAUAUCUUCGAUGUUUUUAUUGAAACAGGUGACCAAGCACAAGUUCCUGAUGACGAAUGUCUAUCAUCACGACUCCAACAACUAGAAUCUUCAGACUCUGUCCAUGUCGACUUCCCUUCCUCCGGAAGUAUCCUUCCCCCAUCAUGGUCAACAGCUGAAGUCGAUGGGCUCCUAUGCAUGUGCCGCUGGAUUUACGAUCUCACUCACCCAGACAACAUCACGUCUAUAUCCACUUCAACCCGCCAGCAAUCCCCAAAAGAUCAGGAUGGCGACAUCCAAAUGACAUCUUUCGCCCCUCCCGAACCGCGAAAAGUCCUUAUCCACUGUGCAGACGGCUAUACAGAAUCCACCCUUCUCUCCUUAGCCUACUAUAUGUAUGCGGAAGGAGUCCCGGUUCACGCCGCCUGGCUUCAGAUGCACUGUGAACGAAAGCGUAACUUCUUCGCGUACCCAUGUGAUGUUGCAUUGCUCACUUCCAUCCAAGAACGCAUCUUAUCUGAAAGUCCCGCACGUAGGGGCAGACUCAUAGCGCAGAAGGGAUCAGACGACCCGCCUACAUGGCUCAGCAAAAUGGAUGGAAGUCUACCCAGCAGGAUCCUACCUUAUAUGUAUUUAGGGAACUUGACGCAUGCAAAUAACCCGGAGUUGUUGCGUAGUAUGGGCAUUAGCCGGAUUCUCAGUAUUGGUGAGCCGGUAUCGUGGGAUCAAAAGGAAAAGGACAGAUGGGGAGCAGAAAAUCUGGUGUUGGUGGAUAAGGUCCAGGACAAUGGCAUUGAUCCGCUGACGGAUGAGUUUGAAAGGUGUUUGGAGUUUAUUGGCCAAGGCAAGAAGGACAACACAGCAACCCUCGUCCACUGCCGCGUUGGCGUCAGUCGUUCUGCUACCAUCUGUAUCGCCGAAGUGAUGGCAAGCAUGGGUCUCAGUUUUCCUAGAGCUUACUGCUUCGUCCGAGCCCGCCGCCUUAACGUCAUCAUUCAGCCUCAUCUUCGUUUUGUGUAUGAGCUCCUAAAGUGGGAUGAGCAUCUUCAGCUUCAACGGGCAGGCAACGAAAAAGGUGAAGGGAAGGACAGGAGUAGAGGUAUCAAGCGGGAGAUGGAAUGGCAGAGUGUCUGUCGCGAGAUCGCUUGCAUGAAUAGACCUUAUGCCAGAUCCUAA